GUUCUCAAUGACCUGAUCUCCAACUCGAGCGGAACGUCAGACCCACUUCCCGAACCGUGACCUAGACAAACGUAGCUAUCGAACAAGCCCAACAUCCUCACAUCACGCACGACUCGAGCCACCAGCCUCAACUUGCCGCUUCACGAUGCCGAUAAACGAAGCGAUCACGGACCGUAGCCUCAUCCCGGCCGAACCCAAAUACCUCCCUCCUACACCCAAAGGUCUUCCCGAUAUCGCCCCCUUCCACGGCAAGCCUCACGAAAAGGUCGACCAUUUCAUCGGCUACCUCCGUAUUCGAUUCCGACUGGACCAAAGGGGAUUUCAAGACGAACGCAUGAAAGCCCUCUAUACGAUGAGCUUAUUGAAGGGAAAAGCUUUUAGGUUGGUCUCGGCCUGUUGGGAUAUAGAGAAAGGAAAGCGCCGGGGAAGCGUCGUUGGACGCGAGGAGGACCUCGAGGACUUUGAGACGCUGGCUUGGUUCCUCGUACAUCACUUUGGGUCGGGCGAGACCAUCGCGCUUUACAAGGGCGGAGACGACGCUCGCCGAUGUGCACGCACCAGGCUGAACGAAAUUGAACAGACACCCACAACCUCGACCAGGGAUUAUCUGCUCGAGGUUGAUUACUAUCGUCAUUACGCAGGAUACACCGAUGAGGAGUUAUUCGUAAUUGUCAAUUGGGGACUCGAAAAACAUUUCCAGGAGCAGGUCCAUAUUCAACUGGUCGGGCAACCACACUUAAGGCGCGAUUAUCCGGCUUUCCGUGAAGAAAUCCUGAGGAUCGAUUCCUGGUACGAGGGGGUAGUGAAACAGAAGGAAGGGGGUUGGCAGGGGGUUGAGGACGAUGAGAGGGCUACUUCUAGCCGGUCAUCGAUUGAUCAGCGGUCGGAACGCGGCCAUGGACGAGGUCGGGGUCAACCUCGAGGUCGAGGUCGACGUGGGAGAGGAAGGGGUGCUUAUAUGGGAUAAUGAAGCGACCUCACCUCCGCGCCAUGCGUCUGGUCAACGGCCCAUUCUUUGGCCUCGACGUCGACCUUGAGUUGACCAGAGAACGCGGGAGGCACACACCGUUGUAUACCUUUCUCGCUCUUGAUCGAGCGAUCUCGGACCGCGAUCAUCAUGCCCAA